UUACCAAUUUUUUGGGUUCGUAACGAAUCAACUAUCUCUUUAAAUGAAAACACAUAAAUAUACUUUUAAAAUGAUAUUGUAUUUCUAAUAUGCCCCAUCACGUAAAAGUUUAUUAAACUUAAAAAAUGGUGUCCAUACCCACUUAUCUUAUAUGCGGAAAUUUUAAUUCUUUGUUAGAAUAAUUAGGCCAGAAUUCUAGAUCAUAUAAACUAGUUAACGGGGUGAAAGACAUAUGAAUAAUUUUAAUAUCAUUCAUUUUUUCCCAAUAAACUGAAGAAGUAGGUCAAAAUUCAUGAUUAUGUUGGUAUCUCUGACCUAAGAAACUAUGACUGAGAAGUAAAUACAUAAUCUUUUCCGGUAAAGUAAGGUUUCCACUCAUAAUGAUGAAGUACCUUAUUUGCUUAAAAUAGAUUUUCCAUAGCCCAUAGGUACCUGGCUCUGACUUUAGUAUUAAAUUAUUACACAAGUCUACAUAGUACUACUACAUACUAUGGGAAAGUUGAAUGGUAAGAGACGAUUGCAUCAGGUGAGUGUGAUGACUUUAAUAAGUGACAUGGAUUCGUGGCUCUCCAUUAAGUGACUUUCACAAUUUAAAAUCAGUGGGUUUUAUUUUUCUUUCUCCCACCAGGAUAUUAAAGUUCUUUUUCUUGCAAGAGGGAUCCAAUUUUCUCUUUUCUUUUUUUGGGAUAAAGUUCUGCCAUACUAAAGUCUAAACUGUAUCAUUUCUUUGUUUUUAAAAAGCCAUUUUUUUAUAAACUUCCAAACGUUUGAUGUGUUGUGAGCCUUAGGGACUUAGGGUUGUGAUGUAUGAGCUCCUAAUUGACCACUACUAUACCUUGGAAUAUCGAAAGAAAAUACUAGAUCGCUUUCACACUUUUUUGACUUCACUUUUAUUUAAUAUAGUUCAUUUUAAUUAAAUUGUCCAUGAAGACUCAAAUGCUAAAAAUUAAUCGUCAUUUCUUUAAUUUUUCAAUUACGAUUUAAAGUGUAUUUUUAAUUUAGAGGGGUCAAAUGGGAAAGAAGAAGAAGAAACUUGUUUAUUGUGUAACUAAAAAAAUUAAUUACCAGGAAUCAUAGUUUUUCUUGUAGUGAAUGCAUUUGACCAAUACGACGAUGAAUUGGAUUACUCAUAUCAAGCAACACCUGGAGAAUGGUUGACUUUCGAAGGAGAUGAUCUGGAGGUAAAGAAGCUCAAGUGAAUAUCUGCCUAGUUUUGCUUGAUGAAUGGACAUAUAUAUAAGAAGAGACUUUCAAUCCUCAUGCUCAAAGCUAAGACCAUCAGACACCUUGCGUCCUAGCCGAGGUUCACAACAGUUGUGGCCAGCAUCUCAAACCUAGUAAGGGAAAAAAAAAAUAAGGAAUUGCGAAAAAACGGUAAAAGGGGAGGCAAUACGAGGACUUCUCAAGAGGUUUUAACUACUUCACCAGGUGAAUACGUAGAGCCACUUACAACCAUCACUUUGGCUUGUGAACAUAAGUUCUUUUACGAGAACACCAUUACUCGCUUUGGAAUUCGUCAUUUUCUGGUCAUAGAAAAUGGAAUCCAAUUCAUUUACAAGGGUUUCCAAGAGUUAUAAAGGGUCUCUAUAUCAAGCAACACUUUUCCAACCGUCAAGCAUCCACAAUCUAAUAGGAAAGUUGAGGCAGCCAAUAAGGUAAUACUUAAUGGUGAGUCCGCAAAUGCACGAUAUACAUUGUAGUAAUAAAAUAUCGAUCCCACGAGGACGGGCUAAAUAGUAGUGCUUUUAACAUGAUAUCCCCUUCUAGAAUCAAGUAUUUGAUUUUGAGUUUGACCUCUAUUUUGUUAGAGAAAAUGGCAAUGACCACUCAAAAAGUUUGAGAUAACGUUUUAAACUUGUCUCAUAAUUAAUUUCAAUAUGUUCAUAUAGUUUUUUUUUGACAAUAAUAUGUUCAUAUUGUCAUUAAUCAUCUAUACAUAUUAAAAAGGUAUAAUUAAUUGUUCUGGUAUAUUGGUUAAAUGUCCAGCAACUACAGCUGUGGGAUAAAAACCAUAAAAUCCAUUAACUAAUAAACUAAUAACCGUGAAAUUCCAGAAAUUAUGAAACAAGCAUUUUACCUAUCUUUAGCCUAGUUUUCAACUGAAGCAAACCAAUUGAUUAAUCUCUUCAGAAACAAGAAGAAGAGAAAAACUGAUCAAACUGUAACACCUAACCAAAAGUCAAUACGAUGAAGAUUGUUUAUAAUAAAAACAGCCAUGUAAUUUUCAAACCUCCAUAGAAAAGAUCAGCCACCAAACCCUAACGUGCAUCCCACAAUUUCAUUUUCUUCGUACAAAUUCACACCCUGUAUAAUAACUUCCUAGAAAACCCAACAACCCACACGUUCAUUCAUGACAUGACCUUAAUUUGUUUCAAAUCAAACUUGAACCACAUUUUUCUUCUCUUCCUCAUCACCUCAUUCCCCUCCUGAUCAACACCAAUGGCACCACCGUCACCAUUGCCAUUGCCACCACAUCCACGGCCGGCAUCCAAAGAACCCUCACCUGGCUCGACUCCUUCCAAGUCACCACUACCUCUCCGCAGGCCGAUCUCCCUUCAACCGGCAAACAGCAAGAGCAGCAAACACGGAUCUAGCAAAUUCUACCGGAAAUUCCGGUCGGUGUUCCGGUCAUUUCCCAUCAUCGUGCCGUCAUGUAAAAUGCCUACAGUCAGCCAUAGCCGAAGCAGUGAGACAUUCAUACAUGGCGGCACAAGGAUAACCGGAACCCUGUUCGGUUACAGGAAAGCGAGGGUGAAUCUUGCUUUCCAAGAAAGCUCAAAUUGCCACCCCUUUCUGCUCUUGGAGCUGGCCAUCCCCACGGGGAAGCUGCUCCAGGAGAUGGGGAUGGGGCUGAACAGAAUAGCCUUGGAAUGCGAGAAGCCCCCCAACAACGAGAAGACAAGGAUCAUGGACGAGCCCAUAUGGUCGUUGUUUUGCAAUGGGAAGAAAACAGGCUACGGGGUGAAGAGGGAGCCGACGGACGAGGACUUGAACGUGAUGCAGUUGCUGCACUCGGUGACCGUGGCGGUUGGCGUGCUUCCAAACGAGAUGUCAGACCCACACGAUGGCGAGUUAUCGUACAUGAGGGCGGAUUUUGAACGUGUCAUUGGGUCCAAGGACUCGGAGACUUAUUACAUGAUGAUGCCUGAUGGGAAUUCCAACGGGCCUGAGCUAAGCGUGUUCUUCGUUAGGGUUUGAAUUGAUUGAAACAAGUGAGAAAAAGGGGCAAGAAUUAAUGUUUAAUCAUCUUUUUGCACCACGAUAUAUGAAUGUUUGCAUGCAUGUUCUUAAUUAGAACAGUAUAUAUUCAUAUAUAUGAUGGGCAAGAUGAAAAAAUAUCUUGUCUUUUCUUGUAUAGUUCUUCGUUUUCUCUAAUAAAAGUAUACCGCUUAUGUUCUAAAAACUAACAUUUCUCUAAUUAAUUAUUUGGAACUUUUCUAUUGAAGUGCUAUAUAUACUUUUCUUAGAGUGAAAAAAAGGAGAGAAGGCAACAUGUGAUUGCAGGAUAGACGUAUAUUACUAGUUAAGCUAAGUAAGAAAUAGUGAAAUGAAGUUUGUUUCAUGGAGAUUGGAGAGGGUGAUCAGGGGACGGAUGAUGAUGAUGUAGAUUAAUUUCUUUGUAUCCAUGUAAGUCUAUUUAUUGUGAAAUUUGUUCCCUAUUGGAAAAUGUUUGAUUCACAUCAUUUGAAGAGUUCACCUUCACUAUUAAAAAAGGACAAUUUUGGCUCGGAUAUAACACCAUAACUAAUACUUGCGAAUUUUCCUGCGCUUUUUUACUGUAAACGUAAAUAGAGAGUAAAAGGGUUGCUGUCAUGACAGCAGAAAUAGCCAAAUAGGCCUAAUCUAUUAUUAAC